GUUAAUAAAUAGGUUAAUUUAUAAUAAUAUUUAUUUAAUAAUAUUGUUUUUUUUUUAAUAAAAAAAAAUUUACGGUUUAAUAUGAUCAACAAAACUGAGGUCAACGAAGUGGGCAGACAUUUUGGCAAACGAGAUCUUGAUAGAGUUGGUUAUUUUGAUGAUACGGUUGGUGGUUUUGGUGAAUAUAAAAGUGUAACAAAUUUUUAUAGAAACAAGGGAAAACAGUUUAUCGCUGGUCAGCCAAAUGAUUAUUUUGAUAAAAAAUAUAAGCGUUUGUUUGAAGGAGAGUAUUUACACCAUCAGCAAAAUGAUAAAACAAAGAAAAAAUCAGAUGGCCGGUGGAUUGUACCAACAUCACCGACAAAAUUACACUCAACUCCUGAUGAUUGGUUUGGAUGUUUUGGCAAGCCAGUAUCAUAUUUCAGUCCAGCAAUAAAAGAUGAUAAAAAUGAUAGGGAUAAAAAAAAGCUGCCUAAUUUUAAAACAAAGCCUAGUCCACUUGGUGGUCCAGGGUAUGUUGAUAUUACUUUAAAUCCAUAUCCAAAAUAUAUUCCUGAGCCUUAUGUUGAUCAAUCUAAAAUUCAAAAAAAAGAAAAAAAAGGUAAAUUUUUAACGUCAAUCAGAGGACCAGAUUACUUUUCUUUGAAUCCAUAUGUGCAAGUGCAAACAGGACCAACUUAUGUUGAUCAGUCCAAUAAAAAAUUCACGACGAUUGGUGCAAAAAGACUUUACGUGCCUUUUCCAAAAAAACCAGGAGGUAUGCAUGAUGGUUGCUUUAACAAGUUUCCAGAAUACUUUAACGGUACCGAUCAAAAAAAAAAACAGGAUAAACAUGAUUUUGUUGGAAAGUUCAUUGUUGGAGGACUUAACUCCAAGUCAAAGUAUACUUUUAGUAUUAUCGACCGUGUUACAAAAGUAUCUUGUAACGCAAAUAAUUUUCUUGGGUAUCAGCCACGUGUUUACCCAGUUUUAAAGUAAA